GGAGCUGGCACAGUUUUCAAGGCAGCCUGAGAGCGAGUUUGAAUUUCAGUGAAAUCCACCGCGCUGGGUCUUUUUUGUGGAAACUGUACAGAGUUACACCCAGUAAAUACAAAUGGAUGUGUUUCUGAUGAUUUUCGCAGCCCUGCUCAUUGCAAAACCAGUUUUCGGGUUUGGAAUGGAUCCCGAGUUACACAUUGAUAUUAUCAGCGAACUGGACUUGGUGAAUGCAACCUUUGGAGUAACCCAAGUGGCGGGGCUACAUAACAAUAGCAAAUCAUUUUUGUUUCAAGAUAAAGAGAGAGAAAUCCACGCCUCACCACACGUAGCUGAGAAAGUGAUUCAGCUGUUUAGGAAUAAAAGUGAAUUCACGUUCCUGGCAGCCAUCCAGCAGAAGUCAUCAACGUCAGGGGUCAUAUUCUCCAUCCUUGAGUCAGAACACAGUUAUUUUGAACUGGAGAGCAGCGGGUUACGAGAUGAAAUCAGAUACCACUACCGCUUUAAUGGGAAACCCAGAACAGAAGCAUUCCCUUAUCGCUUGGCAGAUGGACAGUGGCAUAAGAUUGCGCUUUCAAUCAGCGCUUCUCAUCUGCUACUCCACGUGGACUGCAAUCGGAUUUAUGAGCGUGUUAUAGACCCUCCACAAACUGAUUUUAUGCCAGGGAGCACUCUGUGGCUUGGCCAGCACAACAGAAAACAUGGCUUAUUUAAGGGUACUAUUCAAGAUGUCAAAAUAAUCUUUGCGCCUAAUGGAUAUAUUACACAGUGUCCAAAUCUUAAUCGCACCUGUCCAACAUGCAGUGAUUUCUUGAGUCUUGUACAAGGCAUCAUGGAUUUGCAGGAGCUUUUGGCUAAAAUGACUAUAAAAUUAAAUUAUGCGGAAACAAGACUAAGCCAGCUGGAGAGUUGCCACUGUGAAAAAUCCUGCAAGGUGAACGGAGUAGGCUUCAGAGAUGAAGAGUUGUGGGUGGAACCUGAAAACUGCAGAAACUGUGCUUGCAAAAAUGGUGUGGUGGAGUGCAGGAGAAUCCUCUGUCCUCCUGCUAACUGUUCUGCAGGCUCGCUUCCAGUACAUGUUGAAGGCAAAUGCUGCAAAGAAUGUAGGCCCAAUUGUAUCUACAUGGGAAAAGUGUUGUCUGAGGGACAGCGAGCCUUAACUAAAAGUUGCAGAGAAUGCAAGAACGGGAUGAUGGUGAAAGUGACUGAGAGCUGCCCAGCUGUUAACUGUACAGAAAGUGAACGUUUUCUACCGGAAAACAGAUGCUGCAAUGUUUGCAGAGGCUAUGACUUCUGUGCUGAAGGACAUAACUGUGGAGAAAACUCAGUAUGCAAAAACUGGAAUACUAAGGCUGUCUGUGAGUGCAAGAGUGGCUUCUCUUCCAUCUCCGGAGACUCGGCAUACUGUGAAGAUAUUGAUGAGUGUGCAGCAGAGAUGCAUUAUUGCCAUGCUAACACUGUCUGUGUUAACCUCCCUGGAUCUCACCACUGUGACUGCAUCCCAGGGUAUAUAAGAGUGGAUGACUUCUCCUGCACAGAACAUGAUGAAUGUGGAAGUGGACGGCACAACUGUGAUGAGAAUGCAAUCUGCACCAACACCAUCAGAGGACACAGCUGCACCUGCAAGCCAGGAUACGUGGGCAACGGAACCAUCUGCCUAGCAUUCUGCGAAGAAGGCUGCAGGAGUGGGGGGGCAUGUGUGUCACCAAACAUGUGCCUCUGCCCUUCUGGAUUCACAGGAAGUCACUGUGAAAAAGAUAUUGAUGAAUGUGCUGAAGGGGUCGUUCGGUGCCACAACCACUCGCGCUGUGUCAACCUUCCAGGCGGGUACCAUUGUGAGUGCCGAAGCGGUUUCCAUGACAACGGCACCUACUCUCUUGAUGGGGGGUCUUGCAUUGACAUUGACGAAUGUGCUACAAGAACACACACCUGCUGGAAUGACUCUGCUUGCGUCAACUUGGAGGGCAGCUUUGACUGCUUGUGUCCCACCGGACCCUCCUGCUCUGGAGACUGCCCUCAUGAAGGAGGGCUCAAACGCAAUGGCCAGGUCUGGACUCUGAAGGAAGAUAGAUGCUCUGUGUGCUCUUGCAAGGAUGGGAAGAUUUUCUGUCGAAGAACCGCAUGUGACUGCCUGAACCCCAAUGUUGACCUUUUCUGCUGUCCAGAGUGUGAUUCCAGAGUGACAAGCCAGUGCUUCCAUCAGAGUGGGCACAAGGUGUACCGCAGUGGGGACAACUGGACGUACAGCUGCCAGCACUGCAGGUGUUUGGAGGGGGAAGUGGAUUGCUGGCCCCUUGCCUGCCCAGUUGUGGACUGUGAGUACACGGCUGUCUCCGAGGGAGAAUGCUGUCCUCGCUGUGUCAGUGAUCCGUGCCUUGCUGACAACAUUGCAUAUGACAUCAGAAAAACCUGUUUGGAGAACUAUGGAAUCAUACGGCUCAGUGGGUCAAUAUGGACAAUGGCUGGAUCGCCCUGCACUACAUGCAAGUGCAAGAAUGGGAGUAUCUGUUGCUCGGUGGAUUUAGAAUGCCUUCAGAAUAACUGAGUCAGCUUCUUUGGGUUUAUACUCACAGACUGAACGGUCAUCUAUGACAAUUGCCAAAGUCUCCAUAGAGGAAGCUGUCUGGAAAUUCUGCUUCGAAGGACCUGUUGUAAUACCCUGUUCCGUUGUCCUUGAAAGACACUUGAACUUCCAAUUUGAUAGAAAUUGUCAUUCUUAAAUGUCGAAACCAUGCGUGAUUCCAUUCUUACUCAUUCCAGAUCUGUUAAAUGUGUUGUGUUAGUUGAAGAGUGAAUUCACAAAGGGGAAAGUUAUUUCGCCCAUGUUGCUAUAAUUAUGCAUAAGAAAAAUGCUUCACUCUAUAUAUAUAUAUAUAUAUAUAUAUAUAUAUAGAGAGAGAGAGAGAGAGAGAGAGAGAGAGAGAGAGAGAGAGAGAGAGAGAGAGAGAGAGAGAGAGAGAGAGAGAGAGAGAGAGAGAGAGAGAGAGAAUGGAUUUCUAAAUUUUAAUAUUACUAUCUCUACAGUAAUAAAUCACAAUACUUGUAACUGUUGUAACUGUAUUUCUGUAUCUGCCAAUGAGAGCAGACAAUCAGACUUCCAAUACAGGGACACACAAGAAGACUUAGUAUGAACAUUUUUCAACAGCAGAACAGAUUUACAGUACUAUACAUUUUAAAUGCGUGCACCACAUUAAAAUAUGUAUUUCCUUUUUUUUUAAAUAGCUGUCUUGUAUAUGGAUUGAAACUAGACAAAACAUAAUUGGUUUUGGUUUCUGUCUUGAGGAAUCCAGCAAGACCAAACUGGUUGAAUGCCACUGGUAUAUAAUCUGUACAUUUAUUUUUUUCAUUACAUUAAAGGAAGAAAAAGAUAUUUCUGUACAGUAUAUCAUGGUAGAAACAAAACCUUCCAGUGGUGAAUUUGAAAGCUGAUGAAUGAAUUUUCAUUUUCUAAACCUAUCAAAAAAAAGGCUUCUUCCCCUGUUUUCGCUGAUUUCCAUUAAAAUGUUCCGCCAUUUUAUAAUGGUAAGGGUCUCCAUAACUGUUGUGAUGAUGCCAGACAUUUUGUGAGAAAAUACAUUAAAUUCAGAGGAUUGGUAAUUCUAGAAUAAAAAAUACUCUGCCUGCAAGGUUAAAGGAGAAACUAAUAAAGGUUUAUUGUUGAGGUAGGAUGGUUAUAUGCCAGCAGUUCAGCAGGUUGGCUUAUUUGCGUAUUGCUAUGCUUAUUAAGGAAUAAUAUACCAUCUUUGUCCAGCCCUUUCUUGUACCUCUAAAGUACACAGCUUUCAUCAGUAUGUAUUGGUAUGUCACUACUCAACCCUUGAUGCUGCUUAUAUUAAAAGGGGGGGGGGGGGGAUAUUGUAAUAGAUUUUAAUCUGGAUUCAUACCCUAUGUCCUUGCGGUAUGCAAAUCCAAACCUACAGCUAUGGCCAAAAGUUUUGCAUCACCUAGAACUUUAGUAUUGAGACAUAAAAAAAUCAAACUAUAUGAACAUAAUUGAGAUCUUUUAUUUAACAUCAUGUAAUCAAAUAAACUACAAAAUGAUAUUGCAAAAGUCUACCGGAAGCCAUAAUAGUAGUACAGUAUUUCAUGUGAGAUUUAAAAAUGUCUAAUUUUUCAAUUACACAGCGGUAUGUCAUUUAAUAGGUUAAUGUAACAUUAUUCAGCAGGUUUCAUUCGACUUUAUAAAGCAAAAAUAGUUAAUUCCAUAGGGUCAUGAAAACCUUUGGCUAUAGCUGAGUAUUGUAACAAUAUUACACAGUGAAGGCAUAUGGAAUGAUUGUAUGCAACGGAAAACUGUAAGACAGAGUAAGUGACCUAUGCUGCAAAUGAGUAGAAAACGAAGAAAGAACAUAAACACAAGUGGAGAGCAAUUUGCAGUUUAAGGGACUGUGGCAUCAGCAUUGUAAUCCUUAUUGCUGGUUUGUAGUGUUUAGGCUUUUAUAUAAAUAUAUAUAUAUAUAUGUAUAUAAAUUGAUGUUCCUUUAAUUACCAUGAAUUGUUUGAGUCUGUGAAUUGUAAAUGUGUAUCUUGAGAAAACACUGUCUUUUCUAAACCUUUAUCACUUGUAAUUGACCUAAAUCUGGGUCCAUACUGAGUCGAUUUUGUUGGCCAGAACUGUAGAGCAACCGAAUCGGCCAACAUAAUCUUAUGGCGUCUUGGGCAACAGUUUAUUGUUGCAGUUAGAAAAGUGCCCAACUUUUUUGGUGUGCUGUCAGUUUAUGCUGCAAUAGAUUUCCUAUUGAUUAUUGUAUCAUCUCAUGUUUUGGUAUAUGCAAAAAAUUGUGUUUCCAUAAAAUACUAUUUUGUUUAUUAAAAGUAUUUGCUAUAUCAAAAAUGUCCCGAACAAUGUUGCCAACAAAGUGGGGAGGUAUUGGUUUGUUGUGGACUAGGCUUCAGACAGCCCAGCUACAUGAUUCAGUAAUACUUUAGCUUAUAGAGCUGUUAUAAGUGAUUAUAAACCAUCUAUAAACAUGUUACUAAUUUUGCUAUUAACAGUUAUAGAUUAUGAUUAUAAAUAAUAAAAACUAUUAUUAUACACUUUUGCUAUUGUUUAUAAUUGGUUAUAACAGAUACCUAAACUAAAGUGUUUACCCAUGAUGCUACAAAAAUCUCUCCACUUUACAAGAAGGGAUUCAAGGGGGAAGAUGUGGCUUAAAGUCAUUGAAUCCGUCUAUCUUGAUAAGAUUACAUCCACAGGGUAACACAACACAAUUCUUAAAUCACAUGUGUAUCCACCAGCAUUACAGACUGACUGUACUUGUGAAUUCUACCCCUAUAAUGGGGUCAAGGAUCUAAUCCAAAUUAUGGUCUUAAGAGAUGUAAUCGUCAGAGAGUUUGGGCAUAUUGGAUUGUCAUGUUAUCGACUAGUCUGCGGUAAAACAAUAAAACCUUUUUAGAAAUGUCUAUGUAAAUUUCACUGUUGAGGUUUUAAUUUAUGUGCUUAGAAUUUUGGUGCAAUAUUUUGUUUUAUGUAAAUACGAUGUAAAGCUGGGGGCUAAAGGAAAAACAAUCAUGUGUUAUAAGGUUCUGAUUAUCCUUAUGCAGUUAGUAAUUAAGUCAUUUUUUAUUAAUUAUGUUUUCACUUAACAAUGGGAAGAAAAG